AUGGGCCCCGCAGCCUGGUAUGCGCUGGCGCUCUCGCUAGAUAUUUAGGCUGACCCGUCCUGGUUAUUUUUUGUGGACUAGGGCGUGCGGGCUUGGGCGCCAAGGUGCAGGCUCGGCCGCGCCAUCUCCCGCCUGCGGUAUUCAGGUCGUGGGCAUGGCUGGCCCAGUCAUCCUCUUGACCCGUCGUGAUGUUUUUAGUUAGGAUCCUGGUCAUUUGUUGUGUGGACCGAGGGGUGUGGGAGUGGGCGCCAAGGCGCGGGCUCGGCUGCGCCAUCUCCCGCCUGCAAUAUUCUUGACACCGGCCCCAGGUGGGGGAGGAGGUAGUGCGGUAGACGCGGCAAAAGUCCAUAAUAAAAACUAAAAUACACGCAAUUCACAGGGCUUCAUCUUGCCGUGAAGCACAUCGUCGGAUGCGACUGUUGGGGUCAUCGGUCUACGCUGCACGUGGGGUGUACUUUUGAGGAUAUUAAUUGGCCACAGGUUUAGCAGACGUUUUCUAUGAUAAUGGUGGUAGUGACAGCAGAAAGGGCGACAGGGAUGGCCACUUUCGGCAUAUUGGCGGUCAGCUGCGGAAAUAUACUUUUCCUUGAAAAAAAUCACGCGCAAGUCACCGUCCCUGUGCCCGCAAUGCCGGGGAGCACCUGGAGGAAAUCGCCGGCCAUGGGGGUCGAACUGCUGACGGGGGGUCAGUGUCAAAAGCGUUGUCCUCCUUCCAGGGGAGAGACCGUCCUCUCGGUGUAGCAUGCAUGGAUAGCUGUUCCUUCCAAUCUUAGCUAAAUUGCGACCCUGAGAAAUGAGGCGAAAUUGGGAUGUGCGGGCGAGUUGCUUGAGUCCAUCAACAUUUCUGUCCAACAAGUCGCACUUCGGUUGACCGAUAAUCCAAUUAGUCGCAGCUACAGUGGGUGAAGCGUGUCAAAAUUUACGAAUGAUUGCCAAUCACUCGCAAACCGACACCAUUUCAUGAGUCAAAUGUCUAUGUUAAUUAAGAACAAGUUUGAAAGAACUUAAAAGAUACAAGAAAUAUGAUAGGCAGUGUUGCGUUGUAAAGUGUCGAUUUAUUUUGAAAAGCGAAAUAUCCCAAAAACGUCAGAAAUGGCUCUUAUUUAGUAAACUUCAUUUUUAAAUGCAUAGAAUGUAUUCUCAUACCAAAAACAUGGUAAAUAGGAAAGUAGACAUAAGAUAACGUCUAUUAAUAGUGUUUUUGGUGAAGUUUACAUCGAAAUAUCAUUUAAUAAGUAGUGUGAUUUCUUAUAUGACGGUUUGUCAACUGCCUACAUUCUGAGUGUAGAUUCCAAAACAGUUUUCCAGGAAGCAGUGUUAUUUUUGGCGCGUAUAAAUUAAAUGAGAUAGGGUUCAACAAGAGAAGCUGGAAUUUGCUUGAUCUCACCGCUCGGGACGUCGUAGGAACAAACGUUUUUAUGAGGUGACAUUCCAUGAGGCCGAUCGGUGCCUAAUAAAUUUAAAUAGGGCUGACUGGCCUGAUCGUAAACAUACCAUUUUAUGUUUAUAGAGAGAUAGCUUUUCUUCCGUUAAAUUAAUUUACACUUUUCGUUCGUUUUUGAUUACGGUGAGUUUCAGAUCGGCCUCGAAAUGUUGCUGAAUACUUCACGAUUUUCAGUGCUUUCACCCGAUCGUCCAUAAAGACAGAUACUGAAUUACCUGUCUGUUACGAACUUUAAAAUAAGAUUAUUCUUGAAGGCAUUUACCAAACUGUGAGUGUUCGCGCGCCGCUUUUCACGAAGAUGGUCGUUUGGGUCACGUGUAGAGACUCAUUCGAGAAAAGUGGCUGUCCACAACGAAAGUCAGCAACGAAUAUGUCUUCGAACAAUAAGAAAACUUUCCUUAAUAAUAAGCACUGUAGAUAUAUCAGUCGGAUUGCAAAAACCGCUACCGAUGAGCCGUUGUUUCAGCCAUCGGUUAGUAGACGAAGAUGUUGACCUACGGCUUUUCAGACGUCAGUAUGAGGACAUUGUGCCCCCAGCCCCUAAGGCCUUUCCAGUUGGUCCUUAGGAUUUCUGCUCUCUGUCAAGGUGAAUCUGUGGAACCGAUUAUAGUCUUCAUGCUGCUUCAUACGUCUUGCAGUUCGACUAGAAGCCGAGCCUCAUUGACGCUUAGUCCGACUCCCGGAAAAUGCUAACAGGGCUUGUAAAAGGCACGCUGAUUGAAAGUGCAUGCUUGGCUGCGAAGGCAGCGCGCUACGCACCCAGUGGCCAUACUUUCUCCUUGCGAUUGGGUGAAGUUUUGCUAGGUGCCUGUUCUGUGGAUGGUGGCGCCGUAAGCGUGUGUGGUGUAGCGGUUAGCAUGGCUGCCUUCCAAGCAGUCGAUCCGGGUUCGACUCCCGGCACACGCAGGCCUCCUUUUCUUUCACUCCCUUAGACGUAUUUUUUGCAUCCAUAAUUGGUGAGGAAAUGCACUCACGUGGGUCAAGAUCUCUCGGUGUUUUCUAUCCUUGCUUCAACACUUGGAGCAUGAGCGACUUACGUGCGGACAGGAGUGGACUACACUGUAGGACGCCAUUACACCUCAAAGACCCGUUGGGCGGCGCUGACAGAGCAGUUUACGUUCAAAUUAGACGAACUGCCACCGUUUUCCGAGGCAUGAGGAAAAAGCAAGUGUUUGCUUUUCAUUAAUUUAUCUUUGUAGGUUUGUCCGCCAGCUCACCUCAGACGACGACGCUGACGACGAAGAAAUAACUGCGCAAAGAAAGACAAGAGAAUCAAUUAUCUGGCUGGCCGACGCCGCCACGCAUUCCCCAAUAAGAAUCCGUGCACGAAAAGCCAACAGCUCGGAAAAUACACGGUGGUGGAGAGACUCAAGCCAACCAACGCCACCAAGGGCUAGCCAGUACGCAGUUUUUUUAAAGUUUACUUAAGGCUGCCCCGAGAACCCAGCACGACCGCGUAUGACAAACGGUUAUCACAGGUGCAACAGGCUGUUGAAUGCGUCCGGUAGGACUGCUCUGACUCUUGAUGAUAUACGAGUAGAAAGAAAGUUGAUUACGUGGCUGAGGAAAUCGUCGAACUACGGGCUGAUAUGACGCAGAUUAAAGCUACCAUGGCCGAAAUUUCAAAGGCAAUUCAGGAAUUACGUCAGCCAGCUGAAGCGAGGCCGCCUUCACUGAAUUUGCCUCUGUGUACGAACGAGGAUUACAAGGCAUUCGUCAGUGAGCUUGAGAAGAAUGCUGGUUUUGCUGAAGACGCGGUAUGUACAUAUACUGACACAUCUAUUAUUUGCAUGGAUUAUAGAUUAAACGUCUGGCGAUUACUGACGGGCGAAAUGAGCAAGAGUUUGUCAGAAAUCUACUACGCACUCUACUCGGCCACCCCCUAUGCCUCAGUUUCUGCUGGGGCGGAGCAAGAGAUAAGCAGGCCUUCGUCGGCAGCCCCCUUUAUGGCCUUGUUAUUGGUAGGAUAUUUAUUUUUAAGAUUACUUGUUCAGCUGCAAUUCGUGAACACGCCGCCUUCUCAAAUUGCACCGUAGACACAAUUCACAAGAGCACAAUUGAUUGGUUCCACGGUGCGCGUGACAGAUACGGUGGCCGAUCAAAGCGUAGAGACAAUACCACGGUAAAUUAAUUGGCUCGUGUCAUUAUAACCUCUUUUCAGCUUCCCGUCAGCUACAAUACAGCCGAACAGUAUCUGAUACACUCUCCUUCAGAGGACACUGCAAGUGUGCGUUUCUUUGUAUCUUUAAAACCUGCCUAUAUUCGAGCCAAUCAACUGCAGACUACCUUACAUAGUAAAAUAUACUACUUAAAUGCUGUGCUUCAAUAGUAUGUUUUUGACAGUUUUAUAAAUAGGACGCUCGGCUUUCCUUUUCUUGUAGAUACCCGCUACCGACAUGGUCGGCUUACCAAAUAUGUCCCCUGAGGAAGCAUGA